AUGCCCCCGUCCGAGGAGCAAGUCUGCCAGGCGGUGCUGGGCUUCGUGACCGAGGGCGCCUAUCCCGAGGAGAAGGUGGUCGCGGGAGAAUUCCCCACGACGGCUCUUGCGCGCGAAUUGGAGCUCAUCGCGCAGGCCACAGAGCAGGUCGAGAAUGAGAUCAGCUCCCUCAGCCGCGCGAGCGCCUUCGACGCCGAUGAUUGGAUUGACCAGGCAAAACAACUACACGCCGAUAUUGAGCGCUCCAGAGUCACCGCACGCGAGAUUGUCGCCCAGCAUGAACAUACCAAGCCUCUACAGGCAAAGGUGGAAGAUGCCAGUGCCAAGGUUGGGUUGAUCGAGACCGAGAUCGCCUUCAACCAGGCUGUUACCGACACCCUGGAGGGGUGCAGCGACUGUUUGGAGUCUACCGAAUCUGAUCUCCAAAAUGGCUCCUCCUUCGCCAAUACCAAUGUGAUGGACAUACUCUCCUUCGAGGUGGCACAAUUGCGACAGGAAGUAGUGGAAGCUCUGCGUUCUCGUUGGGAUGAUCAAUUGAAAAUCGACCGGCAGAAAGGCGAAUUUCGGGUCUACAAGGGUGAGGGUACUGACUCACUGGAGAAAACGAUUGCGUCUCUUUCCCGGGUGGGCAUACUCGAGUCCGCAAAUGCGAAACUCCAAAAGGAUCUCCUUUCUGCAGUUGUCGACCCGGUAUUGCUUCCCGGUACCGACCAACUCGGUCGCGAAGUGAUAGUGGCGGAUUCGGGCAUCCGCAUCGAACCUAAGCCUUCCAAGGCGAGUGUUUCCGAAACACUGGACCGCAUCACGAAAGUCCUGGACUACCUUCGACAGAAUCUGCCGUCAUCCGUCUCGGCUGCUGUUCCUGAUUCGUUCAUUCCCACUGUCGCCUCUAAGAUUAUAGCGACGUGGCUAUCAUCUGCGAUCCCCACAGAUUUGGAUGGUCUCGGUGAUUUUGAGGAAACCUUAGAUCAUGUUCUACAACUCACCAAAACGAUUGAGUCCUGGGGCUGGAGUGGUCAAGAAGAGCUCGUCUCAUGGGUCAAUCAAGCUCCUCGCUUGUGGUUGACUCGGCGCCGUGUCGACUCCCUUGACAGUGUCCGCAAGGUGAUUGCGGCUAGCCAAGGGACUACCAAGCAGGUUGAGCGGAUUGAAAAGGAGCAGGUUUCUCAAGCGGAUGGGGCUCUACUGGAAAAUGCUCCUACUGAUGACUGGGAUGCUGGCUGGGAUGACGACAAGGAAGAAGAUACAGCCGAUAAGCCCGCAGCGCCACUGCCUGAGGAAGAGGAGGAAGAUGUCAGCGCUUGGGGUCUUGAUGAGGACGAGGAAAUUCCGGAGGAAACGAAGCCAGAAGCGCCCGCUGAAGCGGAAGAUGAUGACGCUGACGAUGCCUGGGGUUGGGGUGAUGAGGACGAAGACGCUCAGAAGAGCCCUACUGAGCCACUGCAGCCUAAACCUGCUGCUGCUCCGUCGAGAUCUGCGAAUGGAGAGCGUACCGUACCGUCCUCUUCUCCGAGAGAGGUCACACUGAAAGAGGUAUACACCGUGACGGAUAUCCCGGACUCGAUUAUUAAAGUUAUUCGGCAACAAAUCGACGAUUCAAAGAAUAUAUCGCAGCCAGUUCACUCUCACUCCCGGGUCAUCUCAUCUGGCGCUGGCCUGCUCGCAUUGCCUACAUUGAUCUUGGCGAUGUUCAAAGCCACUUCGUCUUCUUUCUACUCGUUGAAGCUUGCAUCAGGUCAGAUGUAUCUCUACAACGACAGUUUGUACCUCGCCGAGCAGGUUCGUCAUAUUGCGAAGGAGCAUGACCUUUCGCGGCUCAACUCCGAUGUGGAAGCACUUGAAAAAUUCGGCAAGCUGGCCUACAGCAAGGAGAUGCAGACUCAAAGCACCGUCGUCACCGAUCUGCUUGACGGUGCCCAAGGAUUUGGACAGUGCUCGGAGCAACCCUUCCGCGCAGAGUGCGAGAACGCCGUCAGCGCCACUGUCGAUCGAAUCCGCGACGUCUACAAGGAAUGGCAUCCGAUCUUGUCGCGCUCUGCACUUCUUCAGUCUGUCGGGUCUUUGUUGUCUACGGUGAUCAACAAGAUCAUCAUAGACGUCGAAGAUCUGGGGGAUAUCUCGGAGGACCAGUCGCAGGAACUGGUCUCUCUCUGCAAUCAGGUGUCUCAGCUCCAGGACCUGUUCAUGGCAGAGAGCAACGAUAACAGCGAAGCCGUCCCGGUCACUGCUGUGUACGUGCCGAACUGGCUCCGAUUCCAGUAUCUGAUCAACAUCCUAGAGAGUUCGCUGGCCGAUAUCAAGUUCCUUUGGCUGGAGGGCGAACUGCGCCUGGAAUUCUCCGUGGAGGAAGUGGUAGACCUGAUCGAGGCGCUCUUUGCCGAAUCAGACUACCGGCGACGGGCCAUUGCUGAGAUUCGGAGGUCGUUAGUGGUCCAUAAUGAAAAACCUCCGGGAGUUGCGCAAGUGGCCGCACCGCCUGCCCGGUCGCUCAGUCACGCCAUUAUGAACGGAGACCAGACGGCUGAUUUUGCAGCGGAAGCGCCUGCGCAGAGGCAGGUCCGUGUGCAUCUCACCAGCAAGCAAGAAGAGAUUGCUUUGCCUGAAAGCACCGGCCCGAUCCUCGUUCCCACAGGAUUACGACGUUAUGCGCUGUCGACACUGGUGAACAACCUUCUUUCAACGGAAAAGCCGGUCCCGUUCGAAUUUUUGAUCAAUGGAACAUUCCUACGUACCUCGAUCGACGAAUACCUGACAGCGAAUGGCAUCUCCUCUGAGACGACUCUUGAGAUCGAAUAUGUGAGAGCACUGAUUCCGCCGCUGCACAUUGCGUCGUUCCAGCAUGACGACUGGGUCAGCUCGGCCGACGUCCUCUCUACAACCUCCCCCGCUGCCUCGUGGGCCUCGGGAGCCACUGUCGCAAAGGGUCAGGAGAGAAUCUUGUCUGCAAGCUAUGACGGACUACUUAGGAUAUGGAAUAUGUCUUCGGAGACUAUCGCGACCUCCCCCGCUGCCCUCGAAGGUGGCCACAGUGCAUCCAUCAAAGCCGCCAAGUUCGUUUCUCCGCACCAGAUCGUCUCAGCGGGUCUGGACCGCACGGUCCGGUUGUGGAAGUACUCGGAGGAAGAGGAUGGGUUCUCAGGGAAGAUUUCUCCCCAGCUGGAGCUGUACGGCCACAAGUCGGGGAUCGACUCGCUCGCUGUGCAUGCCCCGUCCAGCCGUAUUCUAACGGCUUCGUCGGAUCACACCGUCGGGUUCUGGUCGAGCAAGAAGACUGAAUCCCCCACCGCACCGGAGAACUUGCUUCCAUCAAGCGUCAGCCGUACAUCGAAGCGGCGGAAGCUGAACUCGUCCGUCAGCACGCCCCAGCGUGGGCCGCUGGCCCUCUUGUCGGCCCACACAGGACCGGUCUCUGCGGCCAUCUUCGAUACACGAGACUCGACGGUUGGAUACUCGACUUCGUGGGACCACUCACUGCGGACCUGGGAUCUGGUGACUGCAUCUCUGGUCGACACACGCACCACAUCCCACUCGCUCCUUUCUCUGGAGCACCUCCCCGAUCUUCACCUCUUGGCCGCGGGUACCUCUGCCCGCCACAUCACCCUAAUUGACCCUCGCACGUCUGCAACGACCCUGUCAGCAAUGACGCUACGGGGCCACACGAACGCCGUGGUGAGCCUGGCGCGGGAUCCGCAUAGCACAUACGGCCUGAUCAGCGGCAGCCACGACGGCACCUGCCGGAUCUGGGAUAUCCGAUCUACCAAGACGGACAAGGACGGCGUGGUGGGUGAGAGUGUCUACACGAUCUCGCGGAAGAGUCUCGAGGAGGAAGGCAAGUCUGACAGCAAGCGGGUUGGCGGCGAGGGUGUCAAGGUGUUCAGCGUGUGCUGGGAUCAGACGGUGGGCAUUGUCAGCGCGGGUGAGGAUAAGCGGAUCCAGAUCAAUCGCGGCGAAGGGGUGUUGUCGUCCAAGGAAUAG